AUGCUAGUAUCAAAUAGAGACACAGCGAAAGCGGAUUUAAUGCAACGCGGCAAAAAUGUCAAAUUGGCACGACAGGCCGCCGUACAUGUUGCACAUGGGACAUCCUAUUCCAUUGCCAGAGCCCGAGGUUGGGAUGCAAAUCCGCGCGUUAAGGAGACUUCGAGGACGAUAAUAGCUCGCAAGAACCAAAAGAAGAUGAUAAACGAAUAUGUUUUGCUGAGGAAAAUUGGCCAGGGUUCGACGGGUUAUGUCGUUUUGGUUCAGGAAUGCGAGUCAAAGGAACUAUUCGCGAUGAAAAUUGUGCGGCUGGGAAACAAAAUUGACUGGCGGCGCGUGAAUGCCAUUCGUUCUGAGAUUACAGUACUGAAGGCGGUGGCCCACCCCAAUCUUGUUCGGCUCCACGAAGUCAUUGGUGACAAGAGUCACAACACGAUUUUUUUGAUACUGCAGUAUAUUUCGGGUGGUAGCAUCGCUAAAACCUUGUCUUCGGUCACAAUUAUGACCAUUCCAGAGGCAAAACUACGUUGCUACACGGUGCAGAUUCUUUCAGCUUUAAGUCACUUGCAUUCCAACGGAAUAUCCCACCGGGACAUCAAACCAGAAAAUAUUUUGAUCGAUAAGGAAGAAAGAAUAUAUCUUGCUGACUUUGGUGUGAGUGCUAUAAGCACUGCUAAUGGUGUUCACGGCAUGGAGGGAACACCAGCGUUCAUGGCUCCUGAGGUGUUUACAGGUAAUUUUGAAUUAAUCGGAGAACUUAUAGAUGUAUGGGCACUCGGUGUCACACUGUACCAGCUUAUGUAUGGCUUUCUGCCAUUUCAGGCGCUCACGUACUUUGAGAUGGUACGCAGAAUAGUUAAUGAUCCGGUUACUUUUCCUGACAAAGUGCAAGAAGAUGAGUCGGAGGGAGCUGAUUUUGGUGAUUUUUCAUACUUGGAUGAGAUAGAGGGUUUCAUGAACACCGAUACAUAUUUAGGCUUUCAUUAUGAUGGUGAGGAUGAUGAGGAUGAGCCGGAGAAAGAAACAUACCAUAAUGACCGUGACGAGGUGACUCCAUCUGCUGUUCAUUCCUCACCAGAAUUCAAGGAGUUGAUUCAGGGCGUCCUUUGCAAGGAUCCCCACUCCCGCUGGAAUCUGCGACGCAUUUGGGAAUCCGCGUGGCUUCGGGACGCACUCGAGAGCGGCAGGCGAAUUACGAUGACAGGCGCCCCCACACCCAGCUAUGGUGAAGUUUGCAUCCCCAGAGCCCUGUCACCAUCUGCAAUGACGCGGCCGGCGGUAGAAAAUAACUCAACAAAUGCGUCAAUAACCAAACUUAAUCCGAAUGUUGCCGUAAAAUUUUAUGCUAUUUCGAAUCAAACACACCACUCCCCCACCAAUAAAAUUAACAAGAAAAUUAACACGGAAAAUACCCCCAUCAACAAAACUCCCACCCCCAUUCUUAACAACAAAAGCAAAGUCUGCGUUAAUAUUGACACUGAAAAGGAAUCAGUUUCUGGCCGCCACUUGAAAGCCGAUGAGGAAUGUGCACAUCCUCGGGCGAGCUUGUGGAAAAGGAUUCUUUCGGGCACAUGGCGUAGAAAGAAGAAAGUUUUGCCAGAAGGGCAGUCAUGA